GCUGAUUGGCUGAUUAAUCAUUUAUUUUAUUGUGUGUUCUGUUCUGUUGUUUACAAAACACUGAAAGUUCAGCCCGUUAGCCGUCGCAUGCUUUUUCGUUACCGGUAAUAAUUCUUCCAAAUUUCUGAAGGAGCAUUUCGUCAUUUUAGCGUGACUGGCUGUCAAACAGAUAUCUCAAGAUGUCAAAAGUUAGCAUUGUCAGCCAGGCCCGUGCAAAAAAAGGAUCUUUGAUAAAACGGGUGGUUAAAGAUCGACCAAAAGACGAAGUCACCGAAGAACCUCUGAAGAAAAAAUUAAAAGGAAGACCACGGAAGAUCAAAGUAUUUUGCACAUGGUGCAGAGAGGAAACCCUGAAGCUCCCAUAUGUUUUUCCCUGCUCUGAUGGGAAAAAAGAAUUUUGCUCUGAAAGCUGUCUUGCUGAAUUUAGCAAGGCAACCAGGGCUCGUAGAAACUCUGAAUCAAAUGGACAUGGCGAAGAAAAUGCCAAAGUGAAUGUUGAGGAUGUCAUCGAAACCAUGAAAGAGAACUUCAACCAUGAGAGGAUAUUACCCCCCGACACGAAUGCCCCAACUACAGAACCAAAAAUUUCAAAUGGUAAAGAGUUGGCAACUUCAACUACACAAAACCUUAAUGACCUGGAAGCAGAUCCCAAUCAGUGGUCCGUAGAAAAUGUCAUUCAAUAUAUCUCCUCUGCAAAUCCAGUUCUCCUUCAACAUGCAGACGUAUUUUACAAGCAUGAGAUCGAUGGCCGAGCGUUCUUGUUACUGAAUUUUGAAAUGUGUAUGAAAUAUAUGGGAUUGAAAUUAGGACCCGCCUUGAAAAUUUGCAAUCUUAUAAGCAAAUUAACAAAAGGUCGCAGGUUUGUAUGAACUCAAUUUUUCUCAGGCUUUUCAUGCUCCCCUUCAUUUUUCACUAAGUCAAAGAAUCUUGGUCUUUGUUAUUUUGCUGCCUUACAGACUGUCUAGAUUAAGUUCAUUGUGUCCCUCUGGGAACGUCUCCCAUUUAAACACCAUUUUAUUUUCUGUAAUCCAUUGACACAUGACUUAUCUUUUUUGAUAACCAAGCCAUGUUCCUGAUUUGAUUUUUUAGCACUUAAAAUUUGUAACCACACCUUCAACCUUCUGUAACGUUACUUUUAAAAAUGUAGUGCGGAUAAUAUCAUAUUAUAACAGUUUUUCCUCUCAAUAGCAGGAAAAUAUAGAAAGAUUGUACCAUGUAAAAUAAGUCGACUGAAGAAGAGUAUUGUUACCAACAAGCCAGCUUAUUAACAUAAAUAUCACCGUUCUUGCAUUGGAGAAGUCUGCUCAUCAAUAAGUCGUCACCCUCUGGCCAAAGUAUCACAAGCGCGAUGUGUACAUAGGCACUAUGUUGCCUAAUUUUUCAAACUUUUCAAAUUUUUACAAUAAAUCUAAAAAACAGAAUCUUUUGAAAAUGUAUCUAAUAUUUCUUGUCAUCAAAAUUGAAGCGCCAGGAGCAGAAAGGGUAUAUCUAAUUACGGUGUCUCAAAAUCACCGCUGACGUUUCAUCCAAUAUGAUUAAAGCAAAUGUAUGUACUUUAUUGUAACUUUUACUGAAUACUUUUUAUGAUUUUAUAAUGCUGUAAACGUGAAAUUUCAGACAAUUCACCUACUCGUUUCCACUUCAAACUUUAAAUUAGCACUGGAAAUUCUGAAACCCCGCAACUGAAAAAUGCCCUUUCUACACCCAACGCUUCAAUUAAUCCCUAGAAUUUUCUUGGAAAUAUGUGCAAAAGUUUCAAAGAAAAAAUUGAAGCAACAUUGAGAUGUCCAGCAUCAUGGCGCUUAAGCGUUAAUGGCGCCUGCGAUACUUUGGUUGGAAGGUGAUAAAGUGUCAAUGGGCUCAUAAAGAGUAUUCUAGUUGUAAGUUUCUUUAAUAGUUACCAUUUAUGGUUUAUCUUGUGUUCAUGAUAUGUCUGAAUACACUGCCCUUCAAGUUAUUCUGUGCUCUGAAAAACGAGAUCUUUCCAUUUUAGUGGCUAAGGCUAGCAAGCAUUCUAAAUUGUUCAUGUCACUGAAGAUUUUUCAUAGCUUGAAAUGAAAGAUGGUAUUAAACAUGAACCUGCCUUUCCAGAAGCCUUGUAAUGAAUCAAAAUUCUUCAGAAGUUGGAAAAAACCAAAGAGAGAUCAUAGAUAUUUGUAAGCUAAUUUUUGAAUUCAAGUGUCAAAAGUGCACUCGGUUUAGAGAACCUUAGUCAAAAUAUUUCAUUAUCCUCUCAUAACUUAGUAUGGACUCUAAGUAUUUUGCUGUAAAAGAGUUAAUCUGAAGUUAGAUUGUUUUUGAAAUGGCUGACUCAAGUCUUCUUCUUGACUUUGAGCGCAAACAUUUCUCAUUCUUUGAAGAACAUUAUCAAAACUAUGAAGAUCGAGGAAAAAUAUCGCUUUUGGUCCUCAACUCCUGGUGAGAUUUUUUCGUCUGAGCAGAAGUUGAUUGAACCAUGUGUUCAUUUAAUGAUAAAUUUCGUUCAGAGUCCUUUUAUAUUGUUCUUUCAUCCAAAGAACUCAUGAUGUGUGUAUAUUCCAAUUAGGAUUUAUGAGGUUAUUUUUUUCACUCUCUUAUAUUGUUUAGCUUUAAUUGUUUGUAUUAUGUGUCCUCUGAGGCUCCUACAGGGUAAAAUGAAUUUUGUUCUAAUUGAUAAGCACUAUUGACCUAUUGAAUAUUAUUUAUUUUUGUAUUUCCUCUCCCCCUAAUUGAUAUGAUUUAUUUUUUGAUGCUAACCGACCGUAAAGUUGCCGGCGUAAAAAGUACCAGAGCAUCUCUACAAAGAAUCUUCCUAGUGAAUUCGUAAAAAUUGAUGUUUUCUUGUUUUCCAACCUUCUUCCUAUCUGCAAGUCGUUGCAAAUAAAACUUGAAUAUGUUUAGCUUGGAAAUUUUGCCUAAACCCAUGAAGCUCAGGUAAAAUAUCACAAAGGUUUUCUUUUUUGGUUUUUUCCGGAUUCAACAAAAAGCACUAGAGAUCUCUUUGUUAGAAGUUCUUUUACUUUGUCCUCAUUUAAGUUAUACAAAAAGAAACUUGAUAUAUUUAAUAUUCAUUUAUUAUAAUCUUACCUCAACUAUUAACAUUACCACUGCCUUAAUCAUACCACUGAUUUCUGUCUAGAAUGCAAUGCAAAUUAUCAAUGGAACAAUUUCGUUUUAUUGCAUCAUUUAUAUCAAAUAUUGCAGACAGAAUGCUUUAAAUGUAUCUCUUAAUCGCAAUGUUUAAAAGUCUUUGAUUACGUUUUCAGCUUUUAGUGCUACAUCUUUAUGUGUUGCAGCAUCCUAAAUGGUGGAUGACAGGCCUUUUCCCACCAUAUGGUUACAGCAUCAUAGAUUUAAUCAGUUGGUGUGCAAUGAAGAACCAAUAGUUCUCUCUUUGGUGCUUGGUUCUUCACCAAUAUUUUCGUAGAAUUUUCUUAAAUUAAUGUGAAAGUAUUUUUUUUGUAGGUAACGAUGCCCACCAAAAGCUAUAAUUUUCUUCCUUUUUAAAUAAGAUUUAAUUCUUGCACUUACUUUAAUGAUAAAGUUGAAAGUUUUAGACUCUUCAAAUUCAUGAACUAUGUUAUAAAUCACUUCUUGAUGCAUCAUAUUUUGAGGCAUAGCUUUACUUGAUCUCUUUUUUUCAUUCUGGUGUAGAAGUAUUUGUGUAUUCUUUUUUUUUAUUUUAAAUUUGGGUUGAGUUUUUCUGUUGCGCCAUAAUUUUCAAUGUAAUACAUACUUUUGUCAAAAGAAAAUGUAGGAACAAUGCCAAACCAUGAUUCCUUAUCAAGAAACAAAGAGCAAGAAGCGAGAUAAGGAAGCUGCAUAUGAAGUUAAGAAGCAGAGAUUGUGGUCGGUAAUUUACCAAUUCCUAUAGUUUCAAGAUGACAAAAGAGGUCCUCAAAAUUGUUCAAAGGAUCUACUCCUGCUAACACAGUUAACAUGUUUUUUUGAACACUCUUUCAUUAGAGACAAUAGGAAGUAAAAGCACUUGUGAUAGAGAACACUGAAUAAAAAUAUAUUCUGGGAGUCAUUCCUGUCGCACUCUCUGCUGCUAGACAAGUUUUAAGUCAUUCAAGUGUCAUGUUUCAAGUUAGUUAUAGUGCUUGAGUUAAUUGUACACCCAUAAGUCCUUGAAAAUGUUUCCCAAAAUACUGAAUCAAAUGCCUCAGUUAUCUCUACAGAAGAUAAGUUUCGUGCCA